AUGACAGCAACAUAUGUAGAAAAUCAGCUUGCAUUGACCUCGGAUCAACAUCUCAGCGAAUUGAACGAUGAUUUAACACUGGUAACGGAUCUCAACCUUUUGAAAAUUCACUUAAUACGUCAACGGAAGAAACUCUUUUCAACGCUUGAUUUAUUGAUUAAACUUGACUUAUCGUACGAAAGUAUCGUGCCGAAAAUCGAUCAUGAUGAUUUAACCAAGGAUUAUAAUCGAUUGAAUGGUGCGUACAAUCGACUGAAGAACGAAUAUCAACAUUUGGGACAUUCGUGUUUGUAUUUAAUUAACAAAACUCAUGAUUUGAUUGAAGAACGAAAUCAAUACUAUAAUGAAUGGCAAGCAAAUAAAAGUCUGUUAACACCAAGGCCAGAUUGGGAUAAAAUCUCGAAUGUAAUUGAUGGAGGAUUCGAACGAUGGAAGAGUUUAUCGACAGGAAAAUCCAGUGAACAGUUGGUUGAUGUAUUGAUCAAAGAGAUUAUCAAUGGGAAUGAUAUAGAUGCAUUUGAAGGCAAGGAUUAUUUCGAAAGCGAUGGUGAUCAAAAAGCAGUAUUACCAUUUUUACGUACAUCAAAGGAAAAUCGAAUAUUUAAUAGACGAAUGCGAGAACGCAUGGCAGGAAUAUUGAUUAAAGAGAUUUGGAUGGAGAAAAUUCACAAGGCAAACUAUUGGCAAAUUCGAGAUUUUCAAUCGUCCUCGUCGACUAGUUUCGCUGAUCAGGUCGCUGAAUAUUUUGAAAAACGAUUCGCUUCAAAAUUAGUGGCAGUUGAACUGGGCUACAAUCUUCGUGAUGCAUGUUUACGCUAUCAUAAUUGCGAAGAGAUCAAUCUAUUUUGGGGAAUUCUGACUGGACAGAUAGAAGAAAUGGUUUAUCACCAUCGUAUAAAGACCAUCAGUGAUUUACUACAACAUCUGAUAAGAAUGAAAACCGUAUUCUCAUCACAAUCAGAAGUAAUUCUAUCAAACCCUCGGAAAGCGAUAGUCGACGAACUGAGUUCGCCGGUAUCAAAUAGAGCAAAUCGUCUAUUGUCCGGUUUACCGUCACCUUCUGCAAAAAGUUAUUUAGAGUCACCAGUUGCUCGUGAGAAUCUCGUCAUGACAGAUGAUCAAUUUCUCCAAUCAUUGGGUCUGAUCUAUCCGCAUAAAACUAGUUCACAAAUCAAUGAACUCUUUCUCUCUGCCAAACAUGAUCUUUCGUAUUCCAAUUCAUUCAUCGAACUUAGCCUAUUAUUCAUCGAAGACAACGCUGGUCGUUUCUCUCAUUUUCUCACGACAUUAAUCAAACAACUGAACCAAGAAAAAUUUGCAUAUAUUGGACAAAUCAAACGGAUUCUUUUCGGUUAUCCUCUCAUCACCAUUUCUCAGUUCAGUCGAGCGGUAUCAAUGAUUGAUCCAAACAUCUCACAAAGUGAAUUACAUCGAUACAUCGAAUGGGUGUUUUCGGCUAAGAACUAUCAUUCGUCACAACAAACAGUCAAACCUUUAGAUUUAGAAGAUUUAUUAAGACGAUUAGAAAACUGUGCCUGUUUUAAACAUUAA